AUCGUUCGAGACACUGCUGUUUGAUAUGCACGCUCUUCUGAGGCAGCCUCUAAUCCCGAUUAGCCUGUCGAUUCGCCGGCCGUCCCUCGUUACUUACACACUGCCGCUGGAAAAUGCUGAUGAACAGAUCCCGGUUAUCAUCAUCUCUCACCCAAUGUCCAGCCCCCGGGUUACGUCGUACCAUUCCGUGCUUCAUUCGUCAUUUUUGCCUCCGUCCCCGCGCCGCACUAUGUGCUAGGCGACAAAGCUUAAGUAGAGCGGUACCCGCGCUCUACUGUCGGCGGUUGUCCUCCUGCUUGGCUGGCUUUUGAGUCUAAUUGGCACCGCGCAGCGGCGGCAAGAUGCGGCUAGCGAUUGCGAUCGUUCUGUCGUUCACUUCACUGCAUGCCUAUGCUCAAACGGAAGGCCCGAACUUCAUAUACGAAGUCGCUUGCGAUGCUAUCGCCGACGUGAUCUCUCAUGAGUCGGACGUCUACUAUCCUGACACGAAGGAGUAUGCGUCCGACAACUCUCAUUGGGCGCUGUCUAGUACGACCAACUCAACCUGUACAGUCGAGCCCGGAACUGCCGAAGAUGUCGGAAAUAUUCUCCUUGUCCUGGGUCUUACCCGGACUCCUUUUGGUAUCAAAGGUGCAGGUCAUACUGCCAACCCCGGAUUUUCUGCCACUCCUGGCGUACAGAUCGCUAUGACCCGCUUCACGGAAGUAUCAUACGACGCGGAGGCAGGAAUAGCGAGCGUCGGAGCAGGCAACAUUUGGGAUAAUGUCUAUGCAGGUCUCGAGCCCUACAACGUCAGUGUAGUUGGUGGGCGAGUGAGUGGCAUUGGUGUGGCGGGCUUCACUCUUGGUGGAGGCUACUCGUUCAAGUCAAAUCAGUACGGGUUGACCAUCGAUACAGUGGCAGGCUUCGAGAUCGUAUUACCUACCGGUAUUGUUGUGAACGCAACUGCGACUGAGAAUUCCGACUUGUUCUUUGGAUUGAAGGGUGGCUUCAACAAUUUCGGCAUCGUGACGACGAUAUACCUGGAGACACAUCCGCAGACUGCGGUCUGGGGCGGUAGCAUCGUCACCACAGGUGUCGAUGAUGCCGUAGUCGCUGCUACGCAGAACUUCUACGAAACCGUGACUGACCCUAAGGCCGCUAUUCUUACUACGUUCAAUUACGACGCGUCGCUUGGGUUGAGCAUCACGGAAAUGACCAUAUAUUACAACGCCCCGACGCCACCUGAGGGGAUGUUCGACGACUUCAUGGCCCUUCCUUCGCUGACUAAAAAUAUUUCCACGAGGUCUUAUCUGUCCCUCAUUCUCUCCACAAUAGAGGGUUCGAACGGUCUGCGGGGCUACUUCCACACGGUCUCGCUGUAUGAAUAUACGACCCCGCUUCUGAAUGCUAUUGUCAACGAAACUCAGUUCUGGCGAGGACAGCUCGAAUCUGACGUUCCGGAGGUCUUCGUCAGCUACGACGUCGAGCCAAUCCUGCCGAGUGUAUUCUCACACGGUACCGAUUCUGCCUGGCCUCCUAGUCGUGCAAAUGGCAUUUUGCCUCUGAACAUCUACUACGCGUGGGCGUCACCGGACAACGACACGCUCAUGAAUCAGAUCAUGGUGCAGAGCGCCGAUUAUUUGACCCAGGUUGCCGUGGCGGAAGGCCAGGACAUUGCGGAGACGUCGCUCUAUCCCAACUACGCCAUAUACGACACGACGAUGGAGCGGAUAUACGCCGGCAACCUCCCUAGGUUGCGGGAACUCAAAGCGAAGUAUGAUCCUUUCAACGUUAUGGGCUUAUCGGGAGGAUGGAAGUUCUGAAUGACCAGAGGAAUAUUACGCGCACGACUACUGUGUUACUUCAAUUGUUGGUGUACACCGCACACUUAAUUUGAUUGUUCAUUCGGAAA